AAUCAAACUUGCUUUGUGUUUCAAGGCUCGUGAUUGGCUGUUCGCCAGUGAUGUCACACAUUCAUGUGCACGCGCUCCACAAACUCAGGAUCAAAGCCUGAUUUGAAAAAGAAAGUUAAUGAACAGCAUUAUGGUACCAACAAAGCCGGAUUUGAGAGGCUUGUUUUUGUCAACUCAAAACGAAUCCUGUAACUCUGAAUUUGUUCAGCUACCAUCAUGGUACAGGCCCCAGGUCGCCUUGUUGGGAGAUUUACACUAACUCCACCCACCAAGUGUGAUUACAAAGCAGACCAGUUCCACUGGCAUAGUAGUACUCGGGGUAUACCUGUUGAAUUUGAUUUUGACGCGAUCGACUAGGGUUCGAAUCCAGGUUUUGCUGAACCUUUUUCUUCUCUACUUUUUCAAAUCAGAUAUCACGUCGUUGUUAUUAUUUCUUACUAUACUACAAUACAUAGGUGCAGAUAAUUGCCACUGUUUUUCCAAUAUGUAUAAAUAGCAGAAAAUUAUGAGAGAAAAAAAACCUUGUAUUAAGACGAUUUAAACGGCGCAUGUGAGGUUGGCUAUGUGCACGUCAGAGUGCAUUUGAAGCAGAUAUGUACGCGCAUGCGUGCAGUAUGGUGAAGCUGAGCGAGAGCUUGCAGUUAAUGGGUGUGUGAACGAAGGCUGGAGUUAGUCUUUACCGGACACCAAUGGAGAAAAGCUAAUGGGGUCUGAACUGGAGAUGGGAAAAUGUCCACCACAGAAUGCUGGAAAUUCAACCCAAGUGCAGAAUACUCCCCCUAACACUCACACCUUGAGAAGUGUGAACACCCAAACGGUUGGCUUGUUUAACUCUCCCUCAAAUGCCUGCUGCUUCUGUUGGUGUUGCUGCUGCAGCUGUUCUUGUCUUACAGCACGCUCUGCUAAGGAGGAAGGAAUUCUGACGACAAAUUUCGAAAAAGAAGAGGACGUUGAUACCAACCAAAUGCCUCAGCUCACUCUGGAGGAGGUGCACACAUGGGGAGAUUCAUUUGAACGGUUAAUAAAAAGUGCACAAGGUCGUGUGCACUUCCGACAGUUUCUUAAGACUGAGUUUAGUGAAGAAAACCUGAAGUUCUGGCUCGCCUGUGAGGAUCUAAAGAAAGAGACUAACAAACCCAUGGUAGAACAGGCCGUGAAACAAAUAUAUGAGGACUACAUUUCUGUAUUGUCACCUAAAGAGGUAAGUCUGGAUUCAAGUGCACGUGAAGUGAUCAAGAGGAACAUGCUGGAACCCUCAUCAUGCACGUUUGAUGAGGCACAACAGCAGAUCUACACGCUCAUGCAGCGAGACUCCUACCCACGAUAUAUGAACUCCAGCAUGUACGCAGACCUCAUACAGAGCCUUGAACAAGUCAAUGAGUCUUAACAUGCAUAUAUGAAUGUACAUGGGACCUAGACUUUAGAUACAGGCCUAUUACACUUCCCUGAAGACCAGAUAGAUCCCUUUGGCCCUGUUAACACUUACCAUCCAUCCCAAGUGAUCAGGUCAGCCAAGACAUUCAAAUCUGAUAUUUACACACAUCUCAAAACACAUCUUCUGUGACAGUGGUUAUUGUAUUUUGU